GCGACGACCGACCGUUUCUUGCGAUACGGAGAUUCUGCGAUCGAUCUCUGGCUCCGAUCCGAAGAGCGACCGCGCGUGCUCUCGUUGCCGAGAUUUCGGGAUCCUCUCUCGUGAGCGCGACUUGCGAUCGGUUGGUGCUACCCCUUAAAGGGACGAACUCUAAACACUCUAGAAGACGUAAUUACGGCAAGAAGUUAGUUGAAAUGCGAGGCCCGUUAAAUGGACCGAAGUACUCCUCCCGAUUUCUCUCUUCGGUUCGAUCGGAAUCUAAUUAGUCGCGGUUCUGUGUUCGGGCGCUGUUGGGGCCGCCAACUCGAACGUUGUGGCAGAAAUUUCCUCUUUCCUCCGUACGUUGGACCCGGUUCCGUAUAUACGGGAAAGUGUUGGAUCAGUGUUUUAGCACACUAUUUGACCCGUGACAGCACUCAUCGACAUCGCAGGGUCUUUACUACAUGGACUCUUAUUUGAAUCUUACCCUUGAAUUCGUGUGUGAGAAGAAAAAGUACGGCGUAUGAUCCUUGGUUGCAACGAAUAGGGAUAUAAUUGGGAAGAAAAGUGCAAUUUCGAGGAAGAUGCGUUAAAGAAGUGCGGAAGUGCGUUGGGUGGACGACGGGGGUGUGGGGUGAAUUGUGCCAUCGGAAUCGGGUAGCCAAUCAGAUGAGGCGACGAUCAUCUAGGGAGAAAGGGACGGAGAAGUGCCGCGAGCAUCAGGACUGUCGCGAGCAUCGGUGCUUUUGACAGCCCGAAGUUCGGAAGGAUAGACUGACGGCCGAGUGGCACAGCGGCCGCAGUCCUUGCGGAUACUCGAUGGAUGAAUUUCAUCCAUUCAUUGAGGCUCUUCUACCAUUCGUGAAGUCUUUCUCGUACACGUGGUUCAACCUACAAGCUGCAAAAAGGCGUUACUACAAGAAACACGAGAAACGGAUGAGUCUCGAGGAGGAACGUCAAUGCAAGGAGGAACUCCAGAACGAAAAGCUGGAAGUCAAGCAGAAAUGGGCUUCGCGGCUUCUGGGGAAACUACGAAAAGAUAUCACGCAAGAAUACCGAGAGGACUUCGUUCUGAGUAUAACUGGGAAAAGGCCGGCCAUGUGUGUCCUCAGUAAUCCUGAUCAGAAGGGCAAAAUGCGUCGCAUUGAUUGCCUACGUCAGGCAGACAAGGUAUGGAGAUUGGAUCUCGUAAUGGUGAUCCUCUUCAAGGCUAUUCCUUUGGAGUCGACGGAUGGGGAACGGCUGGAAAAGACGGCGGAAUGUGCCCAGCCUGGCCUGUGUGUCAAUCCCUAUCACAUCAACGUCUCCGUCCGGGAACUUGAUCUCUACCUCGCCAACUUCAUCACUAGUCACGAGGUUCUAAAUGGUAUCUGCAACUCGAGCAAGGACGAGGAGAGACGGCGUAAAGGUGCAGGGUACCACGAACUGUACAACGGCGUCGUCUGCAACGAUACGAUACUCGCGACCGGUGUCUUCAGUUCGAAGGAGCUCUGGAUGCUUUCAAAAGCGUCCAUACUGCAUGACCUCAGCGACAUGCAGCCUCAAAUAAACGCGAUCAAAAUAGAGCAUCCACCAUACUACUGCAGCAGCUACACCCCUCCAUCGGCUGCCGCGGCCACGGAUCACGCCCAACCGACGGCUAGCUUCAGUCCACCACCGGUGCAUCAGCUAAUACGAAAUGAUAAGACUGAAAAGGCUCCGACGGUUUCGGUAUCGAGUGCGCCAACUUUCUCCCCGAUUCUCAGGCCAGAAGAUAGUCAUCGUGGUAUGGACUCUCCUCACUCUCAAACGGGGUUACAUUCGCCGCAUGAGGGCCUGGCCGGAGGUUCCGGUCAGGGUCUAUCCAGCCUCGCGUAUUACCAACCCGAGCACCCUGGUUCCACGGGGGUAGUUAAGUAUCCUGAGAACGGACACGACACCCUCUCAGAUUUCGUGACGUUCGUCUGCCAGGAGGCCGAGAACACUCAGCAAUUGCCUCAGGCGCAGCUCGCGGGACCGCGCACCGGUGUUCAAAAGUUCUCACAGUAUUACCCGAGCUCGAUGUUGCCUCCUCCGCCCCCAGCACCGAUGGCGAGGCCGGUGGCCAUCAUCAGAUCGACGGGGGCGAAUUCACCGCCUACAUCCUCGACCUCGCCAAACGACCCUUCGGAACUUGGGCCCAACCAGGAUCAAAUGGCUGCUGCCGCUGCUGCCGUGGGCCUCGCGUGUCAGACUUCGGUCGAUCCUUCCGGCAGGAAGAGUCCUGCGAGGAUACUUGUCACGGCGCCCCACACCAGCAGGGAGUACACGUUCGCUCACUUCCACUCGCAGCCUGGACAGCAAAUCUUCACAUACCCCACCAUCGGCUCCAUGUCGGGGGUGAUCUCUCCGACGAAUCUUUCUCUCUUUUCGUCACCGGUUUCGGUGACGAGGCCAGUAGCUACGCAGAGAUCGGUUCCGAAUGUCCCGCCCCGUUGGAAUACUGCACCCUUCAUUAAUCUCGAAGAUGACUACAACAUGAUUGCUCCAAUCAUCGCAGGGACUACGAGUGAACCGCCCUCCGCUAUGGACGAAGAACGAUAUUUCCACCCGGUUCACCCGAGCAACGUUGUCGACAAGAGCGGAAACGGAGGAAUAAUAGGGACAGAGCUUGGCGUAAACACGGAUCACGCAUCUCAUCAUCACCAUCAUCACCAACAGCACCAACAGCAACAGCAGCAACAACAGCAAGUGAUGCAAGAUAAGACAGGAAGACCGAAGUCUCCGCCGUGACCCUGGAAGCCAUAUCUUUAUCCUACGUUGAGUCCUUCAAGACUCGUUCGUUCAUCGAGCUCCUGUCUACCCAAGUCCUUACUUAUAUUACGCUUAAGCAAGUACCUUGACGACUUGGAAAUCUGGGUGUUAGCAGUGCGCGUUUUAGCCUAAGGUUUCUCGUUCCAUUUUAGGCUAAUGUAGGUAAGGACGUAUCACCAUCCACCUGUUUUUCCUUUCGUUGGCUCGCCCCUUCAUUUUAAUUUGGUGAUAACACGAGCAAUGGACGUUAACGAAUACGAGAGGUUCGCUUUGCCACCGUGUUUCGAUUCUGGUCUCGACUCGGACCGUAAUCGAUCGUUCCCAGCUGUAGAUUGUCUUUUCUUUGUAAUUGUUGUUACAAAAUUGGUGCCUUUAGAUUAUCACUAUUUUGAUACAUUUCAUUUUAGCAAGGUAAUAAAGUACCGAGGUUAUAUUUAGAUCGACGCUAUACACUUACUGGAACGAUCCACGAGUUCGGCUUGCAACUACAGCGGAUAGAAGCGCUCGUUCCGACUAUUGUUUGAUAACUUAACUACUAUAUAUCGCUGUUGUCGAUACGUAAGAGAAGCACCGAAAGGGCUGACCGUACAAAGACGCGUUCCCACGUACGUACGUCGUUGAUGAAUUAUUAUCCACGAGCGGCCAAAUCGUGGUGGUUGGUAGAUCAUAUUCUUCCGGAACUUUAUCGGUCGAUAAAGGGACUGCGAGUAGAUGCUCAUUCGAUGAAGUGAUCCCACCCUAAUUAUUAGUUAGCGAUUUUCCCUAAUGAAUGCCUAAUGCUCAGACUAGGGCUAAUACUAGUGCUGACUAGUACGGACUAGUCAUCAAAGGCUGCUAGAUAGAAACGAAGUAACGAUUACCGAUGAACACGGAUUAUUAUGCAUCGUUAAUUGGAUGAUAAGGCAGCCACGAACGAACGGAUAAGUGUAAACGCGGACAGGAUUUAAAAAGAGAUUACGACGAGCACGUCGAACCGCGCUAUGUGAAUAUUAUAAACGCAUGCACUAAAGUGCGUUAAGAUGGAGUGAAAGAAGAAAAAGAAAACUUGGACAUGUUAAAGAAAUACCAAAGAUUGUCCUGCCUGUCUAAGAGUGCUUCCUCGUGGCUCUUAGUGGCGGAAAAAAUGUCGCCUGGCCCGUUGGAUCCCUUCGAGGGUGACGUGAGAAAAAAAAAAA